CUUGGCGCCACGGCGAGCGCCAUGCUCUUUGUCAAUGUCGAGUCUUACCCUCCCUUUAUCUGUUCUCAGUGCCGAGCAGAAACACCCUGAACUCCCGAGCGGGAAUGUAUCACAAUCGCGUGGCUUCAUUGCGUGUCAACCAGGUGCAGCAUGGUCGGGAUGUUCGCAUGUUACAUUGUCGUUGAUUCGCCAUCUCUUGCAGCGAUAACGCGAAAUGCAGUGAUAGUCCACUCCCAUAUUAAUCUUUUUGCGAUUGACCCACUUAGCGAUGCCGUGUCGGAGAUGUCUUGAGAUGUUGGUGUUCGGAGAUCGAUGGUUCUUUAACUCGAAAGUUGACGCCAUACGCGGUUUGCGCGACCUGGGAUAGGAAGGAACCCCCUGCAGCCGUGCGACUGUCACCUCGUGGUACUUUCCGGGGUCUGAGACUUAUUAAAGUCGAAGGUCUCGCUGCUAUCGGGUUUUUUUUUCUUUCCGUUCGACUCUUGUGCCCCGGAUCUUCUUUCAACCCUGCAGCGCUACGCGGCUAUCGCCAUGGCAAUCCCAACAGAAGAGAAAACCCCUAUUACAGAAGUCCAAGGGCCUCACCAACCCUCGCGGUCGAUCGACACAGUCGAGGAUCCAGCUCUCGUCGCAUCCGAUGAGAAAAAGUUGGAAGCUGUCGACCGGGAGGUCUCAACAGAUUCCUCCGAUGAUGAGUAUGAGUUUCCGACCGAAGAAGAGAGCAAGACUCUUCGCAAGGUUGCGGGAAACUUGCCAAUAGUUGCAUUUGCUCUCUGCUUAGUGGAAUUUGCCGAGCGUGCAUCUUAUUAUGGUUCCAAGACGGUGUUUUCCAACUUUAUUGAGUUUCCACUGCCCAAUGGUGGUAAUGGAGCUGGUGCGCCCCCUCGUGGCACGCAAGAAACCGCCGGCGCCUUGGGAAUGGGCCUCCAAGCAGCAUCUGGUCUGACUCUUCUCUUCGUCUUCCUUUCCUACGUCCUUCCAAUCUUCGGCGGGUGGUGGGCCGAUGUCCAUGUUGGCCGGUACAAGGCAAUCGUCGUGGGCGUAGCGAUUUGCGGCGUUGCGCACGUCAUUCAGAUCUUCGGUGCUAUCCCGUCAGUUCUCCAAAGGGGUGCAUCAAACGCAGCUCCACCCUUCGUCAUUGGCAUGCUCUUGCUAGCACUUGGUGCGGGAAUUUUCAAGCCAAACAUCGCACCCACGGUCCUAGACCAGAACCGCCAGAAGAAGGCUUAUAUCAAGACUCUCAAGUCUGGAGAGCGGGUCAUUGUUGAUCCCGAGUCGACUACUACUCGCACCAUGCUCAUCUUUUAUGGCUUUAUCAAUGCUGGUGCUUUCUUCAUGCUGGCUACCACUUAUUCUGAGAAGUAUGUCGGUUUCUGGUUGUCAUUCCUGAUAGCCGGAAUUAUUUAUUUCUUGCUUCCUGUUCUUCUGUUCGCGAUGUACAAUAAGACAUACAAGGCACCCCCGGCUGGGAACUCUGAACUUUCCCGAGCUUUCAAGAUUUCGAAGGUUGCGCUUCGUCAGAAUAAAUUCCGGAUUUGGCGUAAGGACUUUUGGGGGGCUGCAAAGCCUGCUAAUCUGCGUGAAAAGGGAAUUGUUGUGGAUUGGACGGACAACAAUGUCAGAGAUGUGGCCAGGGCAGUUAGUGCCUGCGACAUAUUCUGGUUCUACCCCAUCUGGAACAUGAAUGACGGCGGUAUUGGUUCCAUCUCAACAAAUCAAGGAGCUUCCAUGGUGACCAACGGCGCACCCAAUGAUCUCCUCGGCAACUUCAACCCGCUGACCAUCAUCACCGUGGUUCCCCUGCUGACUUACGCGGUAUAUCCCGCCCUUCAACGACGCAACAUCAAAUUCGGACCCAUCACCCGUAUCACGUUUGGCUUCUUCCUAGCAACAAUCGGCGGCCUUGUGGGAACAAUCGUCCAAUGGCGCGUCUACGAGCUGUCACCCUGUGGCUAUUAUGCCUCCACUUGCGAUGAAGUCGCCCCCAUCAGUAUCUGGUGGCAACUCCCGCAUACCAUCCUCAGCGCACUGAGCGAGAUCUUCGCGAACGUGACAGCUUAUGAAGUCGCCUAUGCGCGAUCUCCCGAGGGCAUGAGAGGGCUGGUUAUGGCAAUCUUCCUGUUCAUGAAUGCGUUGUCGAGUGCGAUUGGCGAGAUUCUGAUUCCUGCGACCAAGGACCCAUGGUUGUUGUGGCUUUGGGGCGCGCCGGCUGUUGCGCUUGCGUUGCAGACGAUUAUCUUCUGGUUCAGGUUUAAGCACUUGAAUGAUGAGAGUUAUUAUGUUACUUCGGUGGAAAACGAGUCCUCCGUUGAGGAUGGUGGAAAGAAGGCUGGGGCGGUCGUGUGAUAUUUCUGGAGUACUUUAUGCUUUGAGCAAUCAUAUCAACCGAUUCGGAUUUUUGGAAACCAUAACGGCGAGUAUGACCGAGAGGCUCCCCUCAGAAUCGCCAUCGGAUACGAUGCCACACGGAUCUACAGUAGUCCUUGCCAUGAUGAAAGCGGAUAUCACAUCCCUCGGCAUGAGAAACGAGUGGUGGUAAAAAGAAAAGCCGACGGACAUCCGAGAGGAUGAUCACCGGCCGCGGGUUUCCUCCUUUACGAACACUUCAUAUUGUUUCCCCCGGCUUUAUUUGCAGCAUGGUGGCGCUCAUUACUCCAGGGUAUAACGGAAACCUCGGCGCGUUUCAGUCCCGCCCUGAAGAUUCCUCCCAUUCGUCAUCUCCACUCACGACGC